CAACCGGUCCCUGCAAGACACAGUCCGACGACAUAUGCGAGGCUAUCCAGUGUAAUGCCGCAACAUGCUGUUGCUCGCUUACGGGAAUCUGCCGUCCAUAGCCCACCAUCAUCCCGCUAUCCUAUGCAAUCCGCUCAGCCUCCGCCGCCGCACAACGACCGUGUCCCACCGAUACACCACCCCCAAGCGCCGCCUUCGACACAGAGGGUUGCUGUAGAUGGACGCUCAGCUCAAGCUUAUCUGCCUCCGGUUCAUCGUCGUGAAUCAUCCUUAUCGCGGACUUCUCAUUACGAUAGGCAUCCAUCUAUUCCGGCACGGAAGUAUGAUCCUCAACAAGCGUAUCCAGGCUACAGACCCAGUCUCGCAACGCAACCGAUGCAAAAUCAUCGCGUCGAAGCUCUUCCACAAUACAAGCAUAGUGGGCCAGAAGGUUUGAAUACACAUUUUGCAGUGAGACCUCCGGAGCGCGCGCCGACUCAACCUCAACCGCUAGGCAAUGAGCCAACGCGAGUACAGCCGCGAAUUGAUUUUCAUGGAAAAAGUAGAUCUGUCGACACUAGACCAAGUUACCAUUAUCCCUCACCUUCGACAUCUAACGUAAGGUACGCACCUAGUGCGCCAGUGUCGGCCGUUCAUCACAACCCUUCACUCCAACCGAGAACAUCAUAUCGAGCUGCGACGGUCGCAAAGGCAAACUACAAUUAUUCGCCAGUGAAUCAAGUUCAGAGUUCACCGUCCCGGUCCUCAAUAAAGGCUGGUUAUAGUAAUCAACAAACGAGGAUGACAGUUUCUGUGACUUCUAUAGUAAAUGAAUUAAACCAGACUAAAAAAAGAGAAUCCCCUCUCGAUUUAUCUGUAAAAACUGUUAAAAACUCAGCAGACUCUUCUACUACGCAAGACGAUGCAAUUGAUUCGGCAUCAUAUGAAAGUAAAUCACUUCCACUGCAGCCGCGAAGUACUUCAAGUGGUCGCCAAGUGCCGCCUUUACCAGGCUAUGUUGUAUCUCAUAAAGUUGAUUUUGCACCCGACUUUAAUCAAUAUAGAGAUCGAAACACAAAUCAUAAUUGCGCUACUCCUCCACAAGCAGUGCGCUAUAAUGGAACUUAUGAAACUGCAAGAACUGCCGAGAGAAUACCUUAUCCUGUAGAAUCUCGCCACCAACAUUACUCAGAUCGUAGUAAAUAUAAUGGCCCCGUGCAGCCGAGAACAGAUUAUGUUCCUAGAAUUGACCUGACGAGAUCAGUUGCCGAUGAAAGACCGGCGGAAAGAAUUCGAGAAGAUCCUCAAAUUGUAAUGGAAGAACGAAAACGUACAGCCGGACCUAUUGUGAGUAACAUUCCUGAAAAAUUAGUAAGAUAUGAAACAUGGACUUCGGAUAGCCGGAUAGAACGUCUGAGCCAUUCGGCACGCGAACAGCAUGAGCUAAUGAGUCGACCCGUAUAUAGUUACAGUAGUCAUAAAAGGUUGGAGGCUUAUCAAAAUGAUCAAAAAAGAGUUACGGGAUCAAAUAUGUAUCGUGAUCAUCUACCUCACACAACGCAAAGACAUAGUCGCACCUCGUUUCCAGAAAAAGUUAAUCGCGAAAUAAGUGACUAUCAAGCUCAUUACCACGAUAGAGUUCCCUCUAGUAGCCGUCAUGUCAUACAGAAAAUUCCGAGCCACAAGGAAGUGCAUCCGCAUCAUUUAGAUUUGCAAAACGGUCCAGCAAAUAAGAGCGUUUUAAGUAUAUUAAGAAAUAGUUUAGAGACCAAACAAACGGGAUACGUCGAAACGACAAGACCUAUUCGACAGAUAUCCGAUAUUAUUGUUCUUGAUGAUGUAGAUGAUUCUGUUAUAGAAAUCACGGAUUUAACUAAAGACGGUGAACAAGAACCGAACAACAAAUAUAAUCCGAAAAGUCAAACCAACCAGAAUAAUCAAAUAUUUGAUCAUCAUAUUCAACUACCCAAGGCUGUAGACUCCUUUGCCAGGGAUUCUGACUAUCAAAAGUGUGAUAACUCGGAACCAAAAAGUAAAUCACCGGAAAAUGAUGUCGCCGCUAGAAUACGGACGAAAGCAGAAUUAAAAGUAAUGCCUCCGUCUCAAGACCAAAAACACGAUAAAUCAUCAGAUUCUGAUUCUGAAAAAGUAAAAUUACUCCCCAAGUCACAAAAACAACACCUAUUUAAUCAGAUAAGGGAAGAUAAUUUAAGAUUGGAAUCUGUGAUAAAAAAUGAAAAACCAUCGGACGACUUUAUUUCUGAAGUUAAAGCAGAACCAAUGAAUAUUGAUGAGAUAGAAAAGGAUGCAGUAGCUCCAAUCAAGACGGAAAAUAUUUUAAGGGACUUAGAACCUGAAAAUGUAGUACCUAUAGAACAAUCAUCGCCAGAAGACUUAGACUGGGCUAGUGCUUGUGAUAGUUUUAUGGAGGAACUCAAAACAGGAUGUAUGAAGAAAAAAUCAAAUAGAAAACGAAAUGAUACUCUGGAUCCUGAAACUGAAGCGAAGAUGCCAAAAGUUAUAAAACUUGGAACAGAUGAAAAUACCUCCGACAAAAAUGAAACUAUUUCCACGCCUGUAAUUGAAAUUAAGCAAGAACCUGUUGAUGAGGCUGAGAAAACGGAAACUGAGACGGGUAUUGUAACUGUGCCUGAAGGACUUAAUACUGAAAUGCCGAAUGAAAUUCGAAAUAAUGAAAAUGUCGAAAAUAAAGAUAAAAAAGAACAGGAGAAACCUCCAAAAUCAAAAGCGCAGGCAAAGAAUAAAACCAAACCAGAAAAGAAAGAUGCUUCAUUAGCGAAAGAUGAUUCUUCUGCAACACCCGUCAAAAAUGAUGGCGCCAUCAAGACUGUAAUAAAAGAAGAAGUAGACUCAACAGAUGAAGAUGAACCAUUGAUAAAAAGUAAGAUAAUGAAAGAAAAAUUCCAGAGAGAACUUAAGUAUCAAAUGCUAAAAGAUUUAUCAGAAAAAUCUGUUUACGUGAAGUUGGAGUGUUGCGAUGAGCAAGUCGAGAUGAGAAAAUCUACAGAAACAAUACCCAAAGACAAAAUGGAAAAACAAGCUAAAGGAAAGACUGCUAGGCUCUUAUCCAAAACAAAAGGAAAAACAUCGGUUUCUGAAAGUAAAAAUGAGAAACGAAAUGAUAAUUCUAGUUCCGAUAGUGAUGAUGAUGUCAGUGUUGCGAGUAGACUCCGUGUGCGUAAAAUCAAUAAAACUGAUGAUAACAAAAACGAAAUAGGAAACAAAACACCUACAAAAUCAUCUCCAUUAAAGAAGUUAGAUACGAGCAGUGCUAGUAAUAGUUCAACGCCAAUUCGUAAACCUGGAUUUGGAGAUGGCUCUAAUUUUCAUCCGGGAUGGGAAGACGAGCUGUACAGAUACAAAAGGUCUCUCCGCAUGCCUACGAGGCUUAUAGCCAUUCCUCGGGGACGAUCUGGAGAGCCAUUUGCUAAAGGCUCAGCCAAUUUAUUUACACGGGGUUCGACUUCACUUCCAGAUUUAGACCCUGUCCCACUGUCACCUGCUCCAUCAUCCUCACAAUCGGCGGCGACAGAUGAUCUAUAUGGGAGACGGCCUGAUAAAAUGAAUCUAGAUAGUGAUUUAGAUUCAAAUUCUAGUUGUUCCGCAGCUAAUCGCCUCCAAUACGACUCGGAAGCGUCAACAUCUACCGUUUUCUCUGCGAGUAAAGUGAAGAAGAAGUCGAGCUCUAUUGUCGAUGUUCUUAUACAAAAAUAUGGAAAAAAAGAGGAAUCGAAGAAAAAAUCAAAAGACAAAGAAGAAAAAAACGCUAAGAUCAUUCAAAAAAAUUCAAAUGUGUCAGAAUUACUACCGACUCCAAGUUUAGGUCUAGUAAAAAACGGUAGCAAAGGCAUUGGUGCAAAGAAAGAAAAACUAAUGGAAGAUAUAUUUUAUUUGGGAGCAUUUAGAAAAGAAACAGUUUCUGCAUUUCGAAAUGCCUUUAUUAAGAACACUGAUGGGUUAAUUGGUACUACUGAAGAAUUUACGCCGAUCGUAUUACAAACUAGAACAAGAACCGAGAGUCGUGUUUUAAAACAACGAGCUACAAUAAAAGAGGUGUUCGGAGACGAGAGGCCUGCCUCAGCACCGCCGACCUCCGGCAGGCAAGAAGAAGUAGUCGAACCGCAACAAGAGAAGAUUGUCGAAGUUAAAAAAGAAUCUGAACCUAAACCAAAAUUUAAACCAAGAAAAAUAGCAAAAGAAAAGAUGAAACGGAGAUCUAGCUCAAUACGAGACGGCUUGAGAAGUACUAAGUCUCUGAAACGUAACGACGCUAAAGGACGUUUGUUACGGUUAAAAAAGAGAAACAACCUGAUGAAAACAUUUAAUGCUAAACGCAAAGAAUCCACUGCUAAUAAAGUUAAGAAAGAGAAAAGUCCGACACCGGAGAACAAAGACACCGCAAAAGAAGAGAACAGUACUCCCGGUACUGCAGAGACGAAUACGAAGAGAAGAUUUAAGCGUUUAUUUGGAAGAAGAAAAUUUAGCUCUGGAUUUGAUUACAUUCGGAAAAAGAAGAAAAUGAUAAGAAAAGAUGACAAUAAUUGCAACAAAGUACGUCGAGCGGCCCCGAAGCCGAGUCCCGAGUCCGUCCACGAUAUACAGAAGGAGAUUAAGAGUUGGUUUAUCAAUAAAAGUAUUGGAGAAACACCUGUGGACGGCCUCUGGUGUUUGCUGCAGGACAUCGCCAAUGUCUUACAGAUAAAAUCAAAAGAUAGCCUGCUGAAACAGAUACACUGUGGUUCUGGAUCACCGAAGGAGUUGCUUCGCGAGAUUCGAACCCAGGAGUUCUUGGAGAGGGCGCAGUGCCACCAACUGCUGUGCGCCGGGGAGAAGGUCAACGUGCGAGCCUCCAAGGUGGCCCUCAUCAGGGUCACUGACAAGCUCCGACAACUCCUGAAAAUAGAGACAGUACUCGUUAGCUGAUAUUAGUUAAAUGCUUAAUUAUGUGUUCAUAGUGUGCAUUAUAUAAACUUACUAAAUUUUAAUUAAAAUUAUGUGAACACAAAUAUAAUUAAGGUGUGUCGUUAACUUAAUCGGUUGUUAUGUGUUGUAAGGGAAAAACAUUAAAAAGCCCAAUUUCCAAUGAAUAAACUUGUAACACAAUAGGAAAUACAAAUUUUACAUGCAAGAUUUUAUUGAAAACAACCGUUCCAAGUAAUAAAUUAGACAAUAGAAUAUAAUUUGUAGACUAAUGUGCUUAUUGUUGUAUGAAAAUGCAUAAUACACACCAUUUUACAUAACAAUUCCAAAAGAUCUUGAGACCGACCUGAUUUGACUGAUUUAUCAUAAUGAACAAGGAUGUAUCUCAUGUAAGAACAAACAAAGAAUAUUCGAUUUAUGAGACUGUGUAAUUUAAGGCAGCCAUUAUGUAUUCAUGUUAGUUUGCUUUGAGUGUGAGAGGUGUACUCUCGAAUUCUUUGUACAUUCUGUAUAUAUUGUAUAUAGUUUAAAUGUCGCUUAUGUAUGAUAUUCUCAUGGGUGCUAUUUAAUGUUGGUGUUUGGUGUAUGGGUUAGAUGUUAGUCAAAUCAAGUGCAACAGCACGAUAGUAAUUAUGAAAUUAAUUUAAUGAGAUAGUUACCAUAGUGUUAUAUAAGUGUUUAGCAUAAUUUGAUCUGUGUGUGCAAUAGGAGGCGUGGGUAGAUGAAUUUUGUAACAGAUGGCCGGCACAGGGUUGGAGAAACAACUUUUGUACAAUAACAUGAGAACCAAAUGUUUAACAUAACCUAAAAUGUUUAUUACUGUUACUCAAUGAUUCUGUGACGUCAUCGGACUCUCUCAUGUUAUCGUCCACAAGUACUUACAUGUUAACAUUGAUACAACCUGACCGGUAUUUUCGCACUAAAUUUGCAAUAUUCCUCAAUAUGUGCUAGAAUAUUAAGAUCUCAUAUUUUCUGAUACAGCUAUGAGUGUGAUCAUUAAUUUAAUUGUUAAUGCAGUUCUGUGUGUGUAAAAUUAUCUGCAAAUAGUAAAGUAUUCAGUUUCAAGCAUUAAUAAAUUGUUGUGUACUGUUAUUGUUUGCACUGUCAUACAUGUUUUGAGAUUAUGCUAGGGAAUAUUUUUUUUCUAUCUUCUAUUAUUUAGUGAGUACAUUUUUUGUUCAUUGUUAUGUUUGCCAAUAUUUGUCUACCCGAAAUACGUUUUAUUAUUGUACAAUUAUUUACAAUAAUUAGAAUAUCGAUUUAUGUUUAUUAUUUAUACAAUGCUAUAAAAGAAUUAGGAAAAUUUUUAUCAAACAUGCAUAUCGCAAGAAAAUUUAUUAACAAUGUAAAUAUAAAUACGAUUGAAACUAUUUUCUAACUUAUUCAGUGAUAUCUUGUCUUAGAAAUGUCCGUUACGACUUACCUACAGCGCGUAUACGGCAUUUAUAUAGUGUGUACAAGUAGCAUUUUGGGACAGCAAUUUUUAUUUUAUAUUCCGCAUUUGAGACCUCCGUUCCGCCCUAUAUUUCUUAAUGAAGACAAGAAACGAACAAGUACAUGAUAAAUCUGUGAUGAAAUAAUUUAGGGAGAUAAUCUUGUGCGCGGAAAUGGUUUGAAGAUAAAUUAUGAUGAACUGAUGAUGAACAGUUGUCUAAUCACAAUGUAAUGCCUCUCCGUUGUUAGCAGUACAUACAGUAUAAGUAUUAUUAUAAUAAUUAUUGACACAAUACUUCUUGUUGGUAACAUGAAAAUAAAGAAAGUGAUCAAUU